UUUCCUCUUUGGUUUGUCAUCUUUGCUUCCCCGGCAGUGCAAGUGGCUGUGAAGACUUGACUGAUGUCUGCAACCCUCAGUACACAACCUGUACGACUGUGGCGGUCAAAGACAGCAUCGGUGGUUAUUUGAAUGACUACAUCCAGCAAUACUGCACCAUCCCAGACAGCUGUAAUGAGACAACUUCCAUUAACUUUGGAGAGGGCAGCAUAACAAGAACAACCGAAUGCUGUGACACCGACUUUUGUGAGGCGCCAGUGCAAGAAGCUGACAUGUCUUCUGCACCAAACGGCUUGGUGUGCUGUGUUGGGACAAACGGCACAUGUGGGAAAGUAGCAGAAUGCAUUGGGAUCGAAGACCACUGCUUCACGGCUGUCUACAGUUCAGUGCUGAUUUACAUGGGAUGCUGCUCAACAAAUUUUUGCCAAAAUAUUCGAUUUAACUGCUGCCAAGGAAAUCUCUGCAACAAGCCAAAGAUCGAUUUCAGCAGUGUGAAUGCGUAUACUAUAAAUACGACUUCAGUUAUCCUCACCUGGAACACAUCCAGCUCACGCCAUACCAGCUACAUCCUGGAAGUCUUGGGAGAUGUGACCGUGAACAUCACAGUGUCUUCAACUGUGGCAGUUGUAACUGGACUGACACCAGGACAUGGAUAUUUAUUUCGGAUAAUUCCAGUCACUGGUAGCAUUGUGAUGGAAGCAGAUAUAGUAACAGUGACUCAAUUCACAU